GUCUCAGUUGGUCACAUUGUACCAGGUGGAGCAGCAGAUAUGGAUGGAAGACUGAGGCAGAAUGAUGAGAUUACACAUGUAGAUGGAUGCAGUGUUCUUAAUGCUUCACAUCACAGGGUGGUGGAACUGAUGACCAACGCUGCUCUCAAUGGAAGAGUCACCUUGUCUAUCAAGAGAGUCCUUGAUCCAGACUUGAAGACCAAUGAAAGCAUCUUGCCCCAGUACCCUUUUGAUGUGGUUGUUUCCCGGAGAGAAAAUGAAGGUUUCGGCUUCGUCAUCAUUUCGUCUGUCAACAAGUCAGGUGCCAGUGUGGACGAAAUUAUUGGUCACAUUCAAGAAAACAGUCCUGCUGCCAGAUGUGGACGACUCCAUGUAGGGGACAGAAUUUUG